AUGAAAUGCUACUAUAAAGAAAGCUUAAUCUAAUUUGUUUAAAAAUAUAUAAACCUUAAAAAACUAUACUAAAAUUUAAGAAGAAAUUAUUAUACCUAAAUAAAAAAAUAAUUUAAAAAUACUUAAAAGGAAAAUCAUAAAACAACACAGACUCAAAAUUAACAUUAAAUAUCAAAAAUAAUUAUUAAGAAAUCUAAAGUUCAACAAUUUUUAUAAGGAAUUCAUCUAAAAAUAUUAUCUUUUAAUGAAAUUUGUGAAUAAAUUUAAAAUUUUUAUAAGUAUAAAAAUAAAAUCACAAAAAAAAGGGCAAUUCUUGUUAAUUAAACUUGCAUUUAUUAACCUAUAUAUAAAUAAAGAUCAACUAAAAUUGAUAAGCCUUAAAAUAACACUACUUCAAUUAACACUAAAUGA